GAUAACAGUGGUAGAGGAAGCGUCUCCCUCGUCUCCUCUUCCUCCUCGUUCUAUUAGAGUGACGAAGAAAAGGAGAACAAAGAUGGCUCUUUUGCCUCUCUUUGACCCUCUGUGUUGCCAAGAAGAGAGCUUGGAGCUGGAAGAAGAACGGACAGGACCAUUGUCGCCCGUCCACCUCCUCGAGGACUGGGCGGCGGUGGCCGAGGAGGAGUGGGUGGAGGCGCUUUGCUCCUUGGCGACCAGAGAAGGGGAGACCCGGCUGCCUGACGGCCGCGGGGAACACACGUACCUGCUGUCGGCAAGGAUGGAGGCGGUGGAGUGGGUGGCUCGCGCCUCGGAGCGCCACUUGUUCUCCGCCCUCACGGCGCUGCUUGCCGUCGACUACCUGGACCGGUGCUUCCUCACCUCUUCCGUAGCUGGCGGGCUCCGGCUUCAGCAGGACAAGCCGUGGAUGGGGCGGCUGGCGGCUGUGGCCUGCCUGUCUCUGGCAGCGAAGGUGGAGGAGACCCGCGUUCCCCUGCUCCUUGACCUGCAGCUGUCGUUAGCCGCGGCGACCGCGACGGAGCCGGAGGACAACAAGUUCGUGUUCGAGGCCAAGACCAUCCGGCUGAUGGAGCGACUCGUGCUCUCUUCCCUUGGGUGGCGGAUGAACCCCGUCACGCCGCUCUCGUUCAUCCACCACCUCCUUCCUCGACUCUGUCCCUGUUCCAAAGACAAGAACGCGAUCUCCACCACAACCGCCGCCGCCCGUGUCCGAGAUCUGGUUAACGGGUGCGAAGCUAUUCUCCUCUGCGUCAUAGCCGAUCGGAGAUGGAUCCGCUAUCCUGCAUCCAUUUGGGCCGCGGCGGCGCUGUCCGCCGCUUCGCUGGAGUCCCACGAGACCCACCACCUCAUCUCUUUCCUCAACGUUCCAAAGGACAAAGUGGACGAAUGCUAUCAGCUCAUCAUGGAACGAGGAAUCCAUGGCGGUAAGCGAAAGCAUUCCUCUGCCUCCUCGUACUACGCCUACAGUUCACCAGCAAGUCCAAGCGAGAGUUCGUCGAGCGGCGGCGAUUGCUGGUCAAGGUGGCCAACCUCGGGCUCACCUUCGCCGGAGAUUCGCCCUCUCAAAAGGCCAAACUGCAGCAGCGGCGGCAAGACCUUCGGAGACAAUGAACUCUGCUCCUGUUCCAAUGUAAAUAGAUUAUGAUCCGGCACUCGUACUAACUACUGCACUCCAUCUCUGUUCUCCUUAUAAUCGGCACUGUUCUUUCCUCGUUGUU